AUGACUAAAAGAGGUGGAAAAGCUAAGGUAUUAGCACCAGGAAAACUUCAAGAAGAACGAAAUCGCAUAAUUAACAAGAAGCAUAUCGUUAGGAAACCUGCUCAAACAACAUUGUCUAUGCAGGAUGCAUCAUCGGCACCAACACCAGCUCAGGCAGCACCGUCCGUGCAGGUUGCAUCGUCGAUGCCGACAUCAGCUUCGAAAAAAUCAUCUGUGCAGGCUGCAUCGUCGAUGCCAACACCAGCUCAGGAAGCAUCGUCCGUGCAGGUUGCAUCAUCAAUGCCAACAUCAGCUUCUAAAAAAUCGUGUGUGCAGGCUGCAUCGUUGAUGCCAACACCAGCUCAGGCAGCAUCGUCCGUGCAGGCUGCAUCGUCGAUGCCAACACCAGCUCAGGCAGCAUCGUCUGUGCAGGCUGCAUCGUCGAUGCCAACACCAGCUCCAACUGUAGUACCUGUUCAUGCCACUACCUCUGAGAAAUUCAUAUAA